GUAGUGAAACGCCAGCACAUGACAUGAACGCACGAUUUAGCUCGUCUUAUCUUUAACGUUUUAAGCUGGGCCAAAACAAGAUCUUCAAAUUAAUACAAUUUUACUUUAUUUUAAUUAUUUAGGAAAGGUUGAUAUAAAUUAUAAUACAAUAACAAAUAUCUAACGCAAUUUCUAUGCUAUUUCUAGUCGGAUUUAUUUCCGAAUCGUACAGUAACAAUGACGUAAUUUCCUCUUUUCGGCACAGCAGGGAUAGCUUGCAUUUAAGCCUUGAAAAUGAGUUUGUUUUUGCCUAAAUUAACUUGCAAAAAAGACAUUGAUGAAGUUAUUAAAGGGGUAGCAGAAAAAGUCGUAGUACUGAGGUUCGGCAGAGAUGAGGACUCGAUUUGCCUCCAUAUUGACGAGAUUCUGUCAAAAACUGCCCAUGACCUGAGUAACAUGGCGUCCAUCUACAUCGUGGAUGUGGAUAAAGUGCCUAUCUACACAAGAUACUUUGACAUCAGUUACAUCCCCUCCACUGUUUUCUUUUUCAACGGACAGCACAUGAAAGUGGAUUAUGGCUCCCCAGAUCACACCAAGUUUAUUGGCAGCUUCAAGACCAAACACGAUUUCAUGGAUCUGAUAGAGGUCAUUUACAGAGGAGCCAUGCGUGGAAAGAUGAUUGUCCAGAGUCCCAUAGAUCCUCAAAAUAUUCCCAAAUUUGAUCUCCUUUACCAUGGGAUUUAAAAUCAACACCUCCACCUCGUGGCCUUAUCCUCAAACAGAUUUCACUGAGUGGCUUCGACUAUGUCUGACUGAUGUACUGAAUGGCUUUAAUGUCAAAGUAGCUUUAACAUUCAAGCAAAUAUCUGAAGAAAGUUCGAUGAUAAAGCGCCUGAUGUUCAUUUUCAUAUAGAAUUGAAUUUCCAAAAUACACUGCUGUUUACUCCUUGUCCUUUUGCUGUGUUUAAAUGUUCCUGGUUGAGUUUUUGACUACUGUUUAUAAUAUGAAACUAAAUAUAUAUUUUUGU